UGACUUUGGACAUUUUGUCCACCCGUUCAAUGUCUGCUUACUAUCUGAAGUGUCUUAGUGUGGACAGUUUGCGCUGCGUGAGACUGCAGUGAUUAUAUCCGCCUGCUAGCUAACAGCCAAACAGAUUAUUACCGUUGACGUUCGAUCUGAUAGUCUACUGUAAGUUAGCCAGAGAGUACUGCUUAAGGUAUAACGUACUAACUUAUUGUUAAGUUGUGUGAGUUUACUUUCGACUUUACAGCCGAGACGUGACGGGAUAUAAUUUUGCUUUGCAGUUGUCGCACUGGGACAAUAGCGUUAUGCAAAGCAGGUGGUCAUGACUUGGAAGUCGAGGACCCGCAAUCUACAGGUGUUUGACACGGAGCUGAGUGCGGACACGGUGGAGUGGUGUCCUGUUUCUUCAAGCCAUGACAUCCUGGUCUGCGGGACAUACCAGCUACAAAAAGGGGCAGGGGAAGAGGAUGCUACCCCAAGCCGGAUUGGUCGCUUGUACCUUUUUGAAUUUCGGCGAGCGGGAUCAAUGAGCCCUCCCCUCACUGAACUGCAGCGCAUGGACACAGCGGCCAUUUUAGAUUUGAAAUGGUGCCAUGUGCCGGUGUCAGGGGAGGCAGUGCUCGGAUUGGCAGAUGCCACCGGACAGCUACAGUUGUACACUUUGCAACACAGUCAGGAAGGCGGCCGUAGUCUGCACAGUCUUUGCAGUUCGAAGGUGGGACCGGAGCGGCUGGCUCUGUCAUUAGACUGGUCCACUGGAAGAAUGGACAGCAGCAGUGAUGUGCGGGUGGUGUGCAGUGACUCUGCAGGCUGUGUCAGUGUGCUCUCCAUGGCUGAAGGCGCUCUGAUGGCUCUGUCACAGUGGAAAGCCCAUGACUUUGAGGCCUGGAUUGCAGCCUUCUCCUACUGGGACACACAGCUGGUUUACUCUGGUGGUGAUGACUGCAAACUCAAAGGCUGGGAUCUCAGGCUUGGUCCCUCCUGUCCCACUUUUACCAGUAAAAGGCACUCAAUGGGUGUGUGCAGUAUUCACAGCAACCCACAUCGGGAACACAUCCUGGCUACAGGCAGCUAUGAUGAGCAGGUUUUACUGUGGGAUGGCAGAAACAUGCGGCAGCCUCUCAGUGAGAUUGCCGUGGGUGGUGGAGUGUGGAGGCUGAAGUGGCAUCCGAGCCAUCAGCACCUACUGCUGGCAGCCUGCAUGCACAAUGACUUCCACAUCCUUCACUGCCAGCAGGCCCUAGAGGGCAGAGGAGGGGCGUGUCCUAUGGCAGCCUCCUAUAUCCUCCACAACUCCCUGGCCUACGGAGCUGACUGGUCCCGGCUGUCCCUGGAGGAACCGGCUCCCUGCUCCCCUGUUAUUGCAGAACCAAAGGAAAGCCUCACGGAGAGUGGAGGACACUUACGGAUUCAGUAUGAAUCUCCCACUGCCAGCUUUGAUACUUCCCUGGAGGAUGAUGCAGGACGAUACAUCCCAGAGGGCAUUGCAGCACCCCCCAUCACCCCCACUGCAAUCUCUGCCCUCAACUCUAAUGAGGAUGGUCCUUCAAUGUCCUGUCUGCUGGCCAGCUGCUCAUUCUAUGACCAUAUGCUCCAUGUGUGGCGCUGGGACUGGGCUCCAGAUGAGGUUCAACAGGAAUCAGUGCAGUGUUGACCAGGCUGGAGCACUGGCUGAAUCAACACAAGACAAAUAUGUCCUGUUAAAUAAACGUGUACUGAAGUAAAGCAGAAUGUCCAGUCCAACUAUAACGAAUAAUGAGCAUGAUAGUUAUUCCAUUAACUUGCCCUCACUAUGAAGAUAAGACUCCACACUUUGGAAUAACCAUUACAGAAUAUGCAAUUAGGAAAACCAUAUAUUUUCAUAAUGACACUUGAUUUUUAUGUUUAAAUUGUGUAUAGCUCCACUGUGUCCUGUAACAACAAUGAUAUCACUAUUCACCCACACACAUUUCAUUCAUUUUAGCUUUUGUAAGCACUUUGAUCAUCUUAAGGAAAACUUUUCACAAAGACCCCUUGCUUGAAGACGAGCAACUGUAGGUACCCAUGCACUGUAUGUGGAUGUAUCUGAUGAUUGAUCCUUAAAUCCUCCUCAUUUGCACCUAUCUGCUUGGAUUCAGGAAGCAUUAAUGAUCGUUUGGCAGGGUCGAUGUUUGAUGGCUUGCGAGUUCAGCCAGAAAGAGCUGGUUGAAGGCUGCCUGGUAUUAAGGCUCCCUUGUUAUGAAUGACCUCAAAAUAAACCUUUUUGGAUUUGUAAAAA